CCAUCUUCCAGGUUAUUGCCGCUUCAGACAAAGUGACUACUCUCCACACCCUUCGUCAGACAAUCCGCGGUCAUAGACCACAAAAUGUCUCAAAACCAUCGCGCCACUCGAGGUAAUCGUACACUCCACCGCAACAACCAGCAAGAUCGACGGGCUCGCACCAGUACAAACCCAACAAACGUUCCCAGAACAUCGCAAGUAGUCUCCGGCGCAGCUGUGUCCAUCGUAUUGAAAGCCGAUCAACCCACCGGUCGUGAGGUGCAGGGCAUCGUGCAAGACUUACUGACCCGAGGUGACCACCCGCGCGGGAUCAAAGUACGAUUGGUCGAUGGCAGAGUAGGUCGAGUGCAGAGGAUGGCAUCUGAGAUGGAAAUCUUGCCUGCGCAAGAAGGCACAGAGACGUCGAAUGCGACAACUAUAGCGAGAGGAAGAGGUGGAUGUAGGGGAGGUGGUCGCGGCUACGGCAUUGGAUCACGGUAUAGAGACGUUCGAGAAGAGGACGACGGGUACACCUAUAUGGAGGGAAGAGACCAAGGACGUAGUCUAGCGGACUAUCUGGAUGCCGCUGAGAGACGUCAUGCCGCGCUCAGUGGACAAAGUGCUACCAGAACCUCUACUGACCCCCAGAAUAACGAUGCUGCACUUACUCUUGCGACGUGUCCGAUAUGUAACGACUUCGAGGGCGAUGAGACGGCCGUGACGCAUCAUGUCAAUGGGCACUUCGCGUGAUGUGGUAUUCCAAAGUUUUCUAAUGGACUGAGACCGAUAGAGCAACACUCGAAGACUUAGAGUCUGCAAGGGACAUAUUCUCUCGUUUCUGCAGGUGGAAUUCAGCCACGCACGCGAGAUGGAUGCCAUGCUUUGUUGUCGUAUUGCCCGGCUUGGCGCGUGGGGAAUCUAAAUGCUUCCACUUUAGCCAGCCAGGGUAAACACCGCUUUCCCUGACUUGGCGACCCAGCAAUCAAUGGUACACAUCAGAGAGGAUCACUUUGUAUUUUUCACUCUGGCAUUCUGCAAACGCAUCCGUUGAGCCAUAUGAAGUACUUAAGACUCUUUACCGUCGACAGGCAUCAAUUGACCUGUGAUCGAGCCUAUAUAUGGCUAAUAUGUCCAAGGUUACGGAAAUUGUGAAC